AUGGAAACAAAGUCGAGACCGGGAUUUUCUUUGGAAGCUCAGUUGUUAAAAUUCAAGGGAAGAUUGUGUGUUCCUAAUGUCCCCGAAAUUAAAGGAAAAGUCUUAGAAGAAGCUCACAAGUCCAGAUUUGCUAUGCAUCUCGGGAAUACCAAAAUGUAUCAAGAUCUUAAGCAAGCUUUUUGGUGGUCCAAUAUGAAGAGAGAAAUUACAGAAUUCAUUUCAAGGUUGAUUAAGUCUGCUCACUUUUUGCAGGUGAAGACUAUUUAUAAUGCUGAUAGACUUGUUACAGUGUACAUUGCUGAGAUUAUUCGAUUGCACGGUGUUCCAAUUUCCAUUGUAUUGGAUAGGGAUUCUGGCCUUGUUUGCCGACAAAAGAGCUAUGAGGAUCAAAGGAGGAGAGACUUAGAAUUUGAAGUUGGGGAUCAUGUUUUUGUCAAAGUCACUCCAAUGAAAGGACACACAAAGUUUGGGAAGAAAGGAAAAUUGUCACCCCGGUACAUAGGGCCAUUUCAGAUCUUAGAAAGAUUGGAUCCAGUUGUCUAUCGAAUUGCUUUACCACCGGGUAUGGAGCAAGUGCACAAUGUGUUUCACAUAUCAAUGUUGCAAAGCUACCUUCGGGACCCUUCUCAUGUCAUUAACUAUCAUCAGAUUAAGCUAGAUGACAAUAUGGGUUAUGAGGAGCAACCUAUUUGA